CCACAAUUGCCGUCCCACUCUGUGCCGCACUCGAAGUUACAUUUUUCCCACACACAAAAGCUGUCCUCACACCACAGUAGGUCAAAGUAUUCUUUCGUUCGAGAAAAAGUGCACACCACUGUAAAGAAGGCACAGAAAGAGGAGCCCCCCAAGGAUGGACUGGAAAAGAAUGAAGAUGGCUGCAGCGAGAGGAAUUGGCGCACGGAUCGAGAGCCAGGACUCCGAGAUUCGAAUGCUUAUCGCCGCCGUCCGUCAGCUGAGGCUCGCGGAGGGCAGCGCGCCGGACACGCCGUCCCUCGUGGCCCUGAGGGCCGCGAACGAGAAGCUGAAAUACCAACUGGGCCAUCUGAAGAGGAGCCUCCGAGCGGAGGAGAGCACGGAGCGUUGUGGUCGCGGGCGGGCAGCGCCGCAGCCCGUCGUGUCCAGCGGCACGGCGGGUAGCCCGCAGUGUGCUGGCAAGAAUCCGACAUGCGACAAGCAUCACAAGAAGGAAGGCGGAAAAGACAAGAAGAAAGAUAAAGGGUCGAACGACCUCAAAGUGUCGGAGCUGAAUCCGUGGCCAGUGUACAUCCAGGAGCGCAUCGGGCUCUACGAUAAGCUCAAGGCAGCCCACGAUGCCCUGCUGCUAGAGCGCGCCACCAAUCAGAGCAAGCCCAUCACCGUGACUCUACCUGAUGGCAAGACCGUGGAGGCCGAGUCCUGGAAGACCACCCCCUACGAGUUGGCGGCCGGUAUUAGCAAGGGCCUGGCUGACAACGUGGUGAUUGCGCGCGUGAAUGGAGGCCUCUGGGACCUGGACCGCCCCCUGGAGAGCGACACCACCCUGCAGCUUCUCAAGUUCGAUGACGAGGAGGCGCAGGCCGUGUAUUGGCACUCAAGUGCCCACAUCUUGGGGGAGGCCAUGGAGAGAGUUUAUGGAGGCUGCCUUUGUUAUGGGCCACCCAUUGAAAAUGGAUUUUACUACGACAUGUUCUUGGAUGAUGGCGGUGUCUCUAGCAAUGACUUCCCGAGUCUGGAGGGCCUCUGCAAGAAUAUCAUGAAGGAGAAGCAGCCUUUUGAAAGACUGGAAAUCCAAAAGGAUGUGCUUCUGGAAAUGUUCAAGUACAACAAGUUUAAAGUGCGGAUUCUUAACGAGAAAGUUAAUACUCCAACAACGACAGUGUACAGGUGCGGGCCUCUGAUUGACCUCUGCCAAGGUCCUCAUGUGCGUCACACAGGGAAAAUCAAGGCUUUAAAAAUCCACAAAAACUCUUCCACAUACUGGGAGGGCAAGGCAGACAUGGAGUCUCUCCAGCGAGUUUACGGAAUCUCAUUCCCUGACACGAAGAUGCUCAAGGAGUGGGAGCACAUGCAGGAGGAGGCCAAGAACCGUGACCACCGCAAAAUUGGCAAGGAUCAAGAACUUUUCUUCUUCCAUGAUUUAAGCCCUGGGAGCUGCUUCUUUCUCCCAAAAGGAGCAUUCAUCUACAAUACCCUCGUCGAUUUCAUCAAGAGCGAGUACCAGAAGCGUGGCUUCACUGAGGUGGUCUCGCCGAACAUCUACAACAGCAAGCUGUGGAAGACGUCGGGUCACUGGGAUAACUACAGCGAGAACAUGUUCGCCUUCGAGGUGGAAAAGGAGAUGUUUGCCCUCAAGCCCAUGAACUGCCCUGGCCACUGCCUGAUGUUCGACCACCGGCCGCGGUCGUGGCGAGAGCUGCCAAUCCGCUUUGCCGACUUCGGGGUGCUCCACCGGAACGAGCUCUCGGGAGCGCUCACGGGCCUGACGCGCGUACGCAGGUUCCAGCAAGAUGACGCCCACAUCUUCUGCACCAUGGAGCAGAUUGAGAGUGAGAUUGCAGGGUGCCUGGACUUUCUGCGCUGUGUGUACGAGGUGUUUGGCUUCAACUUCAAGCUCUUCCUGUCCACCCGCCCUAAAAAUUACAUGGGCGAUAUCGCGGAGUGGAAUCAAGCGGAGAAGCAACUGGAAAACAGUCUGAUCAAGUUUGGAGAACCGUGGAAGCUGAAUCCAGGCGAUGGGGCAUUCUAUGGACCAAAGAUUGACAUUCAGAUCAAGGAUGGCAUUGGCCGCUACCAUCAGUGUGCCACAAUCCAGCUCGACUUCCAGCUUCCCAUCCGCUUCGACCUGAAUUUCGUGACCGGGGAAGGAGACGAGAGGAAGCGACCCGUGAUCAUCCACAGGGCCAUCCUCGGCUCGGUGGAGCGCAUGAUUGCCAUCCUGACGGAGAACUACGGAGGCAAAUGGCCAUUGUGGCUGUCUCCUCAGCAGGUGAUGGUGGUGCCCGUGGGACCAACUUGCAAUGACUUUGCUCAGAAGGUUGGGCAGCGAUUCCACGACAUGGGUUUCAUGGUAGCCACGGAGUUGGACCCAGGCCUGACCCUCAACAAAAAGAUCCGCAACGCUCAGCUGGCUCAAUACAACUUCAUCCUUGUCGUCGGCGAGAAGGAGAAGCUGAGCGACACUGUGAACGUGCGCACGCGCGACAACAAGGUGCACGGGGAGCGCAGCGUGGAAGACACCAUCGCCCGGCUCGCCACGCUCAGGGACAUGCGCUGCAAGACCGCCGAGGAGGAUUUCUAGAGUUUGCGCGCGUGCCACCCAACCCGCCAACGUAGCAAGAGGGCAAACAACAGUUGCUGCCUGCCUCAAUUGCACGAUCCUCAGCAAAAAAAAUGCAAGAGAAUUAAAGUUAUCGCAAAAGGGAUAUUCACUUUUUUUGUUCAUAUAUUUCCAGUUUUGAAUGUCUCGUUGCAGAAUUGUGUGUAGUUUUCUCGAGUACGUUUGCUGAAUAAUACAUGGUUUUACUUUAUUCUAUCUUCUAAUGGGGCACAUUACAUUAACCAUUACACCAUGGUCUUGCUUAAAUGGUCACAUUACUCUGUUAAACUGUCAUUGGGGCUUUCUUUCACAUAGGAAUUUAAAUUGACCGGGUUAUGUCCAUAUGUACUAUCUGAUUUGGACAAUGUUUUUAAAAUCAUUAAGUUUCUAGGUAGUAUACGUUCUAAUCUAAAGUAAAUAUGAAGCGUGGCAAGCAUUGAUCCCAGAGUGUUAUAACUGAAUAAAAGAGUUCGAACCAGA